AUGAGUAUAAAAGGCAUCCCAAUUCCCAGCUCUCCCAUCCACUUCUCUUGCUUCCUUCUCGCUGGGAACCAGGUAUACCUGCAGUCCCAAGUCAUGUCCUGCUACACCCAGUGCCAGCCAUGCCGGCCCUGCGGCCCGACUCCUCUGGCCAGCAGCUGCAAUGAGCCCUGUGUCAGGCAGUGCCAGAACUCCAACAUCAUCAUUGAGCCCUCUCCCGUGGUGGUGACCCUGCCCGGACCCAUCCUCAGCUCCUUCCCGCAGAACACUGUUGUAGGAUCCUCCACCUCUGCUGCUGUUGGCAGCAUCCUCAGCUCUGAGGGAGUGCCCAUCACCUCGGGGGGAUUUAACCUCUCCAGCUUCGGUAGCCGCUACUGUGGCAGAAGGUGCAACCCCUGCUAA